AACAUUUUUCCCAUACCCACAGGUAUUGCGAGACAUUGAAGGCCUUCCUGCAACGUUGUAAGAUGAGGCUGAACUACAAUGAAGUCAGUAAUCCAUCAGAGAGCCACAGAAGAAACCGUGGCUCCAGCAGCCAGUCCAGGAUCCUGGACAUUGAGAGAGCUCAAAGGGCUGAGUUUUUUGCAGUCAUUCAACGUGCAGAGAGACUGUAUUCUUCACGGAAAUCCUUACUUGAUGCGGUUCUGAAGAGAAUGGGAUUUCCCAUCCAGCAGGACACCCUCCUCUCACCUCAGCCUCCAGCGUCUCCCACAAGAAGCCCUGGAUCCUCUCUGCGAGGGAGACGACCUAGGCCCAUUUUAAACAACGACAAAAGGGUUCGUACGUCCAGGGCCAACCAGGCGUUGGUAGAAGAGGAGCCUUUCUAUGAGAAGAAGCUGCGUCUGGGCAGGAAGAUGGCUGGGGGGACAGCUGCAAACAGGAGCCCAAGUAGAGACUCUUCCUUCAGAUCUGUGAACAUGCACACUCCCACUGAGCUGAGGGCCAUUUCACACACCAGCCUGUUCACCCCUACUCCUUUUCCUCCUCCUCCUCCCCCUCCUCCCAGAGCAACCAGGAGACCGUCUCGUCUCCCAGUGAUUGCCAUGAAAUUUGGUGGAGCAGGCAAGGAGGUGGCUAAUGGAUGCAAGCUCCAGUCAUCACAGACGACACUAGAGAGACUUACGGAGACACUAGAGAAAUUCAUGCUCCGCCACCGUCCUUCACCUGAACUACCAACAGCCCCCAGUAGGACGCCAAUGGUGGCACCCAAGGUUCCAGCACCACCUUCAGAAGAUGCCCCGCCCAACAGAAAAGGACCUCGCCGUGGGACAAAAUGCAACCCAAAGGCUGUAGCAGGUCAGGAAGACCUCCAGCCUUUGGUCAACCCUGCAAAGAGCCUGUCCCUCUGCUUCACGCAGCUGACCUCAGAUAACUGGCAGGAAAAACUGCAUGGAUUGAAAUCUGUUCGAGUUCUGGCACGACACCAUCCAGAAUACCUGCAGACCAAACUGCAUGAAGUCUGCCUGGUCCUCACAGAAGCGGUGAAUAACCCGCGCUCUGCUGUGACCGGUGCUGCAAUGGGCACCGUAGCAGAGCUCCAUGCCCACCUGGGGAGGGCCAUGGACACUGAGGCAGAGUGGACAGGCCGCGUCCUGCUGCUGAAGCUGGCACAGACAACCAACUCCUUCAUUCACCAGCAGGCCAACCUCGCCCUGGAUGCGCUGGUGGAGGGCUGCAGCCCUGGUAGAAUAAUAAAUGUUCUCCUCAACAUAGGGUUGAGCCACCGCUGUGCUGCAGUGAGGGGUAGCACAGCCGAGCACCUCCACCAGCUGGCGGACAUCGUUGGAGAGGAUCAGCUCUUGACAGCAGGGAAGAUCUUCACAGAGCGUUUCCUUGUUGCGGUCAGUAAGAUGGCGGUGGAUCCUGCACCAGAAGUCAGGCACUACGGACAGAAGAUGCUCAAAGGACUCGCCCACCAGAAGGAGUUCACGGUCCAGUGGGAUAGGAUCAUCCCAGUGAAAGACAGACAUCACUUGGAGAAGAUCUUGAAAAAGAUGAGGCAGUAGAAGCAUGCACGUUCCUUGGAAUAACUGGACGUAGCCUCAGCCUUUUAGUUAUCCAAAGAACAGCAUAAAAUAAAUGUAUUAGAAAGGCAUUAGACAUCUCAACACAAA